AUGGACCCAUGCUCUUGGGGGUUUCCCUGGCGGCGCGACACUGCGGCCAACCUUGAAGUCUCCCGCCGCCUAGGCCUCGCCGGCUUUCACCCUGCGUUUGAGCCCUUCUUUUCGGCCUGUUCCAGCUCUGGCUUUCACCCUGCGUUUGAGCCCUUCUUUUCGGCCUGUUCCAGCUCUGCCGCCGCACUUCAGUUCCAUUGCUCUAAUUUAUUACGCGGCUAUCUCAAGCAUUUAUUUAUUGAACCCCUGCUGACGUUGCUUCAGGCACAGCGUCGCCGCUUCACGGACAUCGACUUGCCUGACUCAUUUGUGAGGGCAAGACGACUGCUCAUUGGAGUUGCCCAAGACCUUCCAGAUCGACCGCAUUCCACCUGGCAACGAGAAUCUCUGCGUAUAUCACAUUUUCAACUCUCCAAGACCCCAGUGCGAUGUUGCGUCGGCGUGAAGCAAGGGCCCCCAUUGCCAACGCUUAUAAUCAACGCAGUCAAGGUCACAUCGUCUUCUGCUGCCGCGAGCCUGGGCGAGGACUUCCAACAGGACAACACGUAUCGGCGCGACGAGCAUCACAGGCGUCGCCACCGCCGUACAUCGCCGUCAUGGUCAAGCUCACAUCGUCUUCCGCUGCCGGUCGGCCAUCGUUCUUGGAUUCUAUGGGUGAAGGCGCGUUGCAAAUGGAUAGACGAGUUGGUGACGGAGGGGGAUUUCGGUAUGAAGUUGUUGUACCUUGGUAAGGUCGGCCAUCGUUCUUGGAUUCUAUGGGUGAAGGCGCGUUGCAAAUGGAUAGACGAGUUGGUGACGGAGGGGGAUUUCGGUAUGAAAUUGUUGUACCUUGGUAAGCGAGCCUGGGCGAGGACUUCCAACAGGACAACACGUAUCGGCGCGACGAGCAUCACAGGCGUCGCCACCGCCGUACAUCGCCGUCAUGGGGGCCGGCCGUACUUUUAUAACGCCCGUCUCAGGUGGGUGGAUGGGUGGGUGGGCGACGUGGGUAUGGGUGUGGUGCGGCUGGGGCAUCAACCUGUGCGCCCCAGUGGCACCGGGCGGGCGUUGCUGAUGAUGGGCCCGGCUGAGGUGCACUGCUGGGUGCAAUUCCUCCGCACCCAGCUGCACCCAGCCGGGCGCCGCCGCUGCUGGCCAGUUGGCUAG